UACAGCACAGAAUGUUGUAGCAACAUUGCGGCAAUAUGUCAAUGCUGCUGCAACGUUCUAUGGAAUUAUGUACAUGUAUGGAAUUAUGUCGCCUAAUUAGUUUAAAUUUUCAAGCAUGAUAUUUGAGAAAUCAAAAACAAUGUUAUUUUAUUAUCAAAGAAUAUUCUUUCUCAAAGGAAUAAUCCGAAAAUUCCAUAAAGUUUCCGGAAGCUGGAGAACAGAGAAAAUAGCUACGCUGUUAAGGGUUGAUUAGCAAUAUUCACGAAAGUUAUUUCAGCCACUUUGUUGACCAAAUUAUGUUGGAUACUGUCAGUUUCAGAGUAACUUCAUUAGAGUAUUUCAAUAUCGCGGUUGGCAAUUAGUUUGCCAUACGCUCCGAAAUAUCUCGCACGCCCCUGCGCGCUUAGCGAGCCGGUGGUAGUUUACUCGCUCGGCGUCAUCCCGCUCCUCUCCAUCUGCCCUGACUCUGCUCUUUCCUUUUCUCGCGCGCGCGAUCAGCAGCACGUUAUCCGCGCCGCGCAAAAGUCGCGCGGAGACGCGCUGAAUCGAGCCGAAGCGGGUCGAGCGGCGCCGAGCGGUGCCGAGCGGAGCCGAGUAUCGGGGUCGAGCGGAGCCGAAGGCCUCGCGGUGGCCGCGACGCGCGCGAGUAGCACUACAUCGCCGGAGCGUGUGUGUGCGUCCGCGCGCUUGUACUCGCCUCGCUUUCCUCUUCGCGACUUGUACUCGCGCCUCUCCUCGCCGAGGACGAGAGCCGUAAUUUAUCCAUCUUUAUUAUCAGCGUCUCCAGCGUCAAGCAUCGACAGAAUCAGGAUCAUCGGUCAGCGUCGUCGCCAGCCGCCUCGUUUCCUCGCGCGUGUGUGCGCCGCGUCCUUUCCGGCUGGCCCGCGCGCGUGCAUGGACGACACGCGCGCACGAGACGACGAGGAUAUAGCCCUGGAUUCGUGCCGCUUACGCUCCUCCGCUCGGCUCGGCAUCGCCGCGAGCAUCGCCGCUGCAGCUGUCACUGCCACUGCUGUCGCAGCGAAUACCACCACCUCCACCACUUCCUCGACCGUCGCUGCCACCUGCCGCGUCGCAAGACGCAAGAGGAAGAAGAGGAGGCGUCAACGGCUCCCUACGAGCAACGACGACGCAACCGGCGUCGCCGUCGUUACCCGUAGCAGCACUACACCGAGCGGUAACGCUGCCGUAGCCGAGAGUACCGACGCCGACGCCGACGACGCCGUCGUCGUCCUCGAGCCCGACGCUGACGCUGCCGUCGCCAACGCAGCUACCGCGGGGCUGUCAGACUCGGUGGCGGCGCGGGUCGAUAAACCAAGAAGCCGCCACCUCGCCUCGGAGCAGCACGCGGCCGCGACCAGCGGGCCAGAAGUCCAGCUACGAGUCGGAGGAAGCGGCACGCGUGCGGCGGCCGCCUCCUCCGUCGCCACCGCCGGCGUCACGCUUCUCAAUCGACGAGCCGGCAAACGCUCGCCACGGCGAUGCAACGCCGCCGGCGGCCGUAGGAGCGCGAUGACGAUGGACCUCCAACGGCUCAUCAGCGAGGUGCACGCAAGACCCGCGAUCUGGGACCAGAAGAAUGUCAACUAUCACAACCGCGAUGUCAUACUAAAGAUGUGGCGGGAGAUCGCUAGGGCUUGCGAGGUGUCGACUGACGUCGCCAAGUCUAAAUGGAAGCACCUGCGUGACAACUUCCGGAACGAACUGAAAAAGACCUAUCGGGGAAAAUGCGACGGUGGCGGCGGCACCGAGCACGACUCUAAGUGGGUCUGGUUCAAGAGUCUGUUCUUCCUUCGGGACCAAAUGAAUUCCAGAGUGAUUGGCUGCGCCCUGUCGCAGAAUUGCGUCGGGACGAUCGGUAUGCGCUCCUCGCCGGACGGCACACAGAUUGAGCCGCAGAUCGAUAUUCUCGAGGGCCACGAGGAAACGCAGUUCGAUGAUCUGGAUGGCGAUUCCUGCCAGUCGUUGCUGUCCAAUGACGAUGGGCUGCAUCAGGUGAUGCCGCCGCCGAAGAUGAGCAAGGUAAUCGGACGGAAGCGGACGCUCAUGGACGCGAUCGACAAUGAUUACGGCGUGGAGGUGGAUCGAAAGCGAUACGAGUCGCUGCAGAAGAGGCUGGCGAUCGGAUCCGAGGACGAGGACGAUACCUAUCACUUCCUUAUGAGCGUUCGAAAUCCCCUGAGAAGUCUGCCGCUUGACAGGCAGAUGUUUGUUCGGCUUAAGAUCCAGGAAUUGGUCUACAACGAGAUUAAUUCGCAGAAUCAGCAGCAACAGACAACGAGCCGCGGCGUCUACGAUACGUCGUCCUCGCAGGGCCAGGAUGUGAAGCCGCCGCGAACCGGAAACGGCGGCAACGGCGUUGUCGGCGGCGACGUCGUCAGCGAUAUGUCGAAUACGACGCCGUUGCUACAGAAUUGCACGCCUGAGGGCUCCAACGACGACGCAUUCUUCGGCUGACAAGAACUCGUCGCGAUUUAAUUCGCUUAUAGAGACAAUUUGAUUAACGAAACGAUACCUCAUCCAAUUGCGUUAUACAUUGACGUCGCCAAGCUAAUGGACAGUUAUUAUCAUCCGGCCAGUGGAUAAUGGACGAUGGACAUUGCGGCAGAUGGGCGAGAUGGAAGUGCUAAUUUUGUUGUCGCACCCGGUAUACGUUAAAUUGUAAUCUGCGAGAGGCAGAGAGAAAGAGCUGCAUAUAUGUGCGUGCGCACACAUGUAUUACUACAUUUGGGUUGGUAAAAGCCUUUUAUAAAGCUAUCGAGAGCUAGCCGUUCCGACCCGGCUACUCUCUCGCUACGCUAAAUAUACCGAGUGGUCGAAUUAAUUGCUGAUCCUCGAAAAUGUAUGUUUGCAUUGCGCUGUUUUUCGCCGCACAGGAUUCCGUACUGGCGCGUUUUUUUUUUUCGUGAGAAUACUCGUGAGGCUAAUAAACAGCGUUCUCGAAUGACAUUUUUGUUUUGUUAGAGUCCCAGAGUCAAAUUAAAUCAGCAAUCUGAGCGAUGACAAUUU